UUUGACACUCGAUUUUCAUCGCACGCAAACGCGGUUCAUUCGUCCAGUUGGAAUUCAGCCAGCAGCCGGAAAACUCCAGUGAAAUGUCGCUAACGGUGGAAAUUGUUGCCACAAAGCCCUACGAGGGUCAGAAGCCAGGAACCAGUGGAUUGCGCAAAAAGGUUAAGGUUUUCACCCAACCGAACUACACGGAAAACUUUGUCCAGGCCAUUUUGGAGGCCAAUGGCGCCGCCCUGGUGGGAUCCACCCUCGUCGUUGGCGGCGAUGGACGUUUCUACUGCAAGGAGGCCGCCGAGCUGAUUUGUCGCUUAUCCGCCGCCAACGGAGUCUCCAAGCUGCUGGUGGGUCAAAACGGCAUCCUGUCCACGCCCGCCGUCUCCAGCCUCAUCCGUCACAACAAGGCCUUGGGUGGCAUUGUGCUGACCGCUUCCCACAAUCCCGGUGGUCCCGAGAACGAUUUCGGCAUCAAGUUCAACUGCGAGAACGGAGGACCGGCCCCCGAUGCGUUCACCAACCACAUCUACAAGAUUACCACCGAGAUCAAGGAGUACAAGCUGGUGCGCAAUCUGCAGAUUGACAUCUCCAAGGUGGGCGUCACUUCCUUCGACAUCGCGGGAAAGCCCUUUACCGUGGAGGUGAUCGAUUCGGUGGCCAACUAUGUGCGUCACAUGGAGGAGAUCUUCGACUUUGCCAAGCUGAAGGAUUUCGUGAGUGGCAAGGCCACUGGAACGGCGCUGAAAAUGCGCAUUGAUGCCAUGAAUGGAGUAACUGGCUCCUAUGUGCGGGAGAUCUUUCUGAACCGCCUGGGCGCCACUGAAUCCUCGGUGGUUCACACCACUCCGCUGCCGGAUUUCGGUGGCCUGCAUCCCGACCCCAAUCUGACCUAUGCCAAGGAUCUGGUGGACACGGUGGCCCAGGGAGACUAUGACAUUGGAGCUGCCUUCGAUGGAGACGGUGACCGCAACAUGAUCAUCGGCAGCAAGGCGUUCUUCGUGACGCCCAGCGAUUCGCUGGCCGUGAUUGCCCACUAUCUGGAGGCCAUCCCGUACUUCCAGAAGAAUGGUGUUCAGGGAUUCGCCCGCAGUAUGCCAACUGCUUCCGCUGUGGAUUUGGUGGGCAGAAAGCUGGGCAAGGAGGUGUUCGAGGUGCCCACCGGAUGGAAGUACUUCGGCAACCUGAUGGACGCCGGAAGGCUGUGCCUGUGCGGCGAGGAGAGUUUCGGCACCGGCUCCAAUCACAUCCGUGAGAAGGACGGCAUCUGGGCGGUGCUCGCCUGGAUCUCCGUAAUGCAGCACACCGGCAAGGGCAUCGAGGACAUCCUGAAGCAGCACUGGUCGGUGUAUGGACGCAACUACUUCACCCGCUACGAUUACGAGGAGUGCGCCUCGGAUCCUUGCAACGAGAUGGUGGCCACCAUGGAGAAGACCAUCACGUCGCCGGAGUUCGUCGGCAAGAGCUACUCGAGCGGCGGAAAGACCUACAAGGUCAAGGAGGCGGACAACUUCAGCUACACGGAUCCGGUGGACAAGUCGGUGGCCACCAAGCAGGGUCUGCGCAUCGUCUUCGAGGACGGCAGUCGCAUUGUGGUGCGUCUCAGUGGAACUGGCAGCUCGGGAGCCACCGUGCGCUUGUACAUCGAUUCCUAUGAGAAGGAGAACGUUCUGGGUCAGGCCAGCGUUAUGCUGAAGCCCCUGAUCGACAUCGCCCUGGAGAUCUCGCAGCUGCCCAAGUUCACCGGGCGCACUGCUCCCACCGUCAUCACGUAAAGAGUUCUUUUCCUGCCCGGAAAGGAUCACUGAGAUUAGCAACCUAUCCAACCCACAAUCUCCACUUGUACCUCAGCGAGGCAUUUCCUUGUUAUGUUUUUCGGAUUUAUUAAAGUUUGUGUAGCCCCAAA